AUGGAUUUUAUUAGAUUAAAAGUGAUUCAAUGGAGUAUUAUUUUGAUUAUGAUCGCCGAUGUAUUAUGUGAUACAAAGUCAAGCAAAUCUUGCCCAAAUGAUAGUGAUGCUUUACAAGUAAAAAUUGAAACAGGCGAUGUAUUAUAUGCUGUUACAGAUUCUCAAGUUACUAUUCUUCUUCAUAGUGGUAAUGGUGUUAUUUGUCAAGUCUUGAAUUUGGAUAAUUCUGAUAAUGAUCGUGAACGAUAUAGCAUCGAUGAACAUGAAAUUUGUUGUUCAAAAGAUUUUAAUGAUGAUAAUGAAUUAAGCAUGAUAGCUUUGGCUCAAUUACCCAAAGAAAAUUUUGUUCCUUUUAUGAGUGAUGAUUAG